UCCCUCCUAGUCAGUAACGUCCCUGGUCGCUGCCUCGGUACGCCACCCCUUCGUCGAGGUUGGGCUUUCUGGCGAGGGGGAAUUGUUUUGUUUAUCUUCUUCUCAGCAGUAGCGGACCGUCUACGGGUGACGGCGUACUGCGAGCCCGUUUUGACGCCGCUAGAGGUCGCUGACGGCGGUAUUGUGAAAAUGAUAUUCUCACCCUGUUCCGAAAUAUUAUCAAUCAAGCAGGGUUCCCGCGCGAAUGGGCGCCCCUUGUUACGUUUGCAGCUACGCCGACCAAACCCCUCCCUACACCCGGUACGGAAAGGGCAAAUGCUACCGGGACCGUCUCCAAACAGCCAGCAGCAAAGUGAAGGAAGCAAAAUUUAAUCGUUUUUCACCGUCGACCCAUAUCGCCAGGGCCAAAUUGGGACGAAAUCAAGCGCUGUGUGUGUCCGAUGUGCCCUUUGCCGAUGCCACCCGCCACACUCUUUGUUGUGCUGCGUACCGCAACUGGGGUCACGCUUUUUUCCGGCAACUAUUUUUCACGCACCAGCGUACAGACAAAACGAACAGCACGACGCAUCACGCACAAAACCAACGCUUCGAAAUUUGCAAAAGUUGACACUUUUUCUUGUUCGAGCUUCUUCGCGACGUUGCGUGUGUCCAACAAGGUAUAGACAGCGGAAAGUGACGCUGUCAAGCUUUGUGACGCCGUAGCUGCCCCGUCCAAAAUGGCGGAAUGGGCAAAAAUUCCCGACCGCGGUGCGUUUACAGCGCACGGUUCGGUGCUUCACGCGGCGGUGGGCGCUUGCUGUCAACUUUGACACCCGAUGACAGACACAAAAUUUCGACCAAUCAUUCUCGCGGACCGAGAGGAAUCCCACGAAACGCGACAAGAAGGAAAAGCGGCCACAAUUUCGUCCUGCUACUGCAACAAACGUUCCCGUCGUCGCGCAAACGAACAACAAUGGAAAGCACGGUCGCACUGUACAAGCAGCUGAAGACGGAGUGGACUAAAUCUCCGAUCAAUCUGAAACUAUGUGGCACAAUUCUGGACAAACUAAAGGUGGCUCUGGCUGGCAUGUCCUACAUACCGACCGGAAAUGCACAGGCCAACCAGCAGGAGCUGCUGAUCGCACGUGACAUCCUCGAGAUAGGUGUGGAGUACAGCAUCGCCACCAAAAACAUCCCGGCCUUCGAGCGUUACAUCCUGCAGCUGAAAUGGUUCUACUACGACUACAACACACUGAUCGGUGAGUCCAAGAACAAGUACCAGCUGCUGGGAUUGAACUUGCUGUUUCUGCUGUCCCAGAACCGGGUGGCCGAGUUUCACACCGAGCUGGAGCUGCUGCCCGCCGACAUCAUCCAGACGAACGCAUUCAUCCGGCACCCGCUCGCGCUGGAGCAGUAUCUGAUGGAGGGACGGUACAACAAAAUCUUCCAGGCGAAGGGUAACGUGCCGGCGGAAAGCUACAACUUCUUCAUCGACAUCCUGCUGCAGACGGUGCGGAACGAGAUCGGUGCCUGUCUGGAAAGCUCGUACGAGCGCAUCUCGCUCCAGGAGGCGGCCAAGCGGCUGAACCUGAAGUCCAAGGAGGAGGUGAAGCAGUUCGGCGAGAAGAAGGGCUGGAAGUUGAGCCCGGACGGGUUCUAUCACUUCGUGAACGAGCUGGCGAAACCGAAGGAACCGAUACCGUCGCAGGAGCUGGCCGAGCAGGCGAUCAUGUACGCGCGCGAGCUGGAAAUGAUCGUUUAAGGGCGGCUUCUUUUUUUUGUGGUCCGGUGUGCUAGCGUACGUUCGAUAUAGAGGCAACACACACACACACACUCAACGCUGUUAUUUCGAUUCAGUGUCUUUUUCGAUCGGAAUAAAUACUACAACAUAUGUAUUUCA